GCCGAGCUUGAGUGGCUUUCUCUCUUCGUUGAAGACUCAUUCUCCGAAUUCCCGUACGCCUCUGGUUCGAUGGUCCCUCGAAACCCAUCUGAGAAAAACCGCUUUUCCCCAAAACCAAUCUCAGAGAAACUCUCUCUCGCCUUUGAAAGACCCCAAGUUCCAGGCCGAGCCAGAAGCAAGCGCUUAAGAAGCGACAGGGUGUGGUGGCUGAAGGAUUCUUCUUCAUCGCCGUGCCUAAUCUUCAAAAACCCAUUCCGAAACGCUGACCUCUUUUACUGUCUCCAAAAACCACCAUCAAAGACGCAAAACCGCCCUGUAAAGAAGAAACCGCCACCGGAAAACCAGCAAAGACGGUGUAGCCAUUGUUUAGUUCAGAAAACACCUCAAUGGAGGGCCGGACCUUUGGGUUCGAAAACUCUCUGCAACGCUUGUGGGGUUAGGUACAAAUCAGGCCGCUUGUUGCCCGAAUAUAGACCUGCGGGUUCUCCAACGUUCCUGAGCGAGAUUCACUCCAAUAGUCAUAGAAAGGUCUUGGAAAUGCGGAAGAAAAAGGAGCUGCAGAAGCGGGAUAGUGGUACGUCGGUGGUUGAGACUUGUUGAGGCGGUUUUCCGGGAGCAGUUUAGUGGGUUUCAGUUAGUGGAAGGCGGUUUGCCGUGCUUAAUUUUGUGGAAGCCGUUUUGUAAAAAAUCCUUUCUUUUUUAUGACUUUAUUUUAUUUUAUUUUUGGUUUUUAGGUCUUGUAGUAAACGAUUGAUUUUUGGUUGAUAAUUUAGAGUGAAAAAGGGGCUGUUGCAACAGGCCCCCCCCACCCUUUUUUUUUCUUAAUUUUUAGUGGUUAUUAAUGGGAAUUUAGGUUUUUUUCCCUU